CCGGUGUAAGAGCGAGUCUCAAUGUCGUCGCUGAGUGAAUCUGAUCUGAUGUUAGAAUAAAACUGCAGCUGUGAUCAGAGUGUGAGCGCGGGGGGAUGUGAGCGCUACACUGGAGCUUUUCUCAGUGUGUGUGCGGUGUGUGUUUUCCCCUGAAACACAGACAAAGACAGCAGGAGAUUUGCAAGGAUGAAGAGACUCCCUGUCCUGGCGUUGCUCCUGUGGGUGUGUUGUGUGUUUUAUGUUGGUAUUUUCCUCUUCGUGGGCGGUUUCCUCCUGGUGCGUCUGGAGGUCAACAGGACGAGCACCUGCGAGGACGUCUUGCCUCCGUCGUCUAACGCCACCUCCCCGGACUUCUGCCGCGAGCGUCCUCACGUACGCAGGGUCGUCAUCCUCAUCGUCGAUGCUCUGAGAGCUGAGUUUGCUCGCUACGACCCAGAAAACACGUCUCCCAGACCGUUCGAGAACAAGCUGCCGGUUCUGGGUGAGAUGGUGUCGUCUCGGGCAUCGCACGCCAGGCUGUACACGUUCAGAGCUGAUCCUCCCACCACCACCAUGCAGAGGAUCAAGGGCUUCACCACUGGGUCCCUGCCCACCUUUAUAGACGUGGGAAACAACUUCGCGUCCAGCGCCGUACUGGAGGACAACCUGAUCCACCAGCUCGGUCAGGCAGGGAAGCGAGUGGUCUUCAUGGGAGACGACACCUGGGCCAGUUUGUUCCCUAAAAAGUUCCAUCGCUCGCUGCCUUUCCCCUCCUUCAACGUCAAGGAUCUGCACACUGUGGACAACGGGAUCCUCCAGAACAUCUUUCCCAUCAUGGACGGAGAUGACUGGGACGUGCUGAUCGCUCACUUCCUGGGUGUGGAUCACUGCGGCCACCGCUUCGGCCCCGACCACCCUGCCAUGGCGGAGAAGCUCGGUCAGAUGGACGGAGUUAUCAGGUCAGUGAUAAAGCGUCUGCAGAGCGACACGUUGCUGGUGGUGAUGGGAGAUCACGGGAUGACCGACACCGGCGAUCACGGAGGAGAAAGCCAAAAGGAAACGGACGCUGCUUUGUUCCUGUACAGCGGCUCACCUCUGUUCCCGGCUCCUGACGCACACCAGGUGGAGCCAGAGGUGGUGCCUCAGACUGAUUUGGUGCCUACCCUGGCCUUGAUGCUGGGAGUUCCCAUCCCAUACAGCAGCGUGGGUCAGGUGAUGCUCCCGCUGUUCCCCAGAAACGACUCCCUGGAUGGAGCUGUGGGUCUCAGCCAGGUGGAGGCGCUGUGGAUCAACGUCAAGCAGGUUCAUCGGUUUUUGGAGACCUACUCCAGCAUGGCCAAAGACAUUCCAGCAGACAGUUUGUCUCAGCUGACGGCUCACUUCUUCCAGAUCUCCUCUCAGUAUAUGAGCUCGAUCCGUGAUGGAACUCCACCUCCUCCUGAACUGGUGGCGUCCAUGCAGGACUACCUGAGCUCCGUUAGAGAGACCUGUCGUGCCUCCUGGGCUCGAUUCAACCCCGUGAAAAUGGCAACGGGCCUCCUGGUCCUGGGGUUUGGUUGCGUCUUGUGCUACGUUAUCUCAGAACUGUCUGUUGUGAUCCUCCAGGGUGCCAUGUUGAAGGCUCCAGUGGUUGCCGGGCUGGUGGUCGGUGGAGCCGUAGCCGUGGGUCAAGUAUUCACUUUGGGAUACAUCGAGGUCUCGUGGUGUUUAGGAGCUGCUGUUUUGUUUUCAGAGGUUUUAUUCCUGUGGAGGGCUCGGAGGGUGUGUCCUCGGGGCCGGCUGUCUCACUGGCGCCUUUUGACUCCGCCGCUGCUUAUCCUCUUCCUGCGCUUCGCGUCCUUGCUCUCAGACAGCUACGUGAUUUCAGAAGGACGUGUGGUCACGUUCUUACUUUUCAGCCUGUGUCUGUAUGUUCCGUUUCAGCUUAACUGGGAUGGACUUUUGGUGCCUGCACCAUCUACCGAUACUCAGAAACCCUCCGGACUUAUUGCACCGUCUUUACCGUCCUCUGUGGUCCGGCGUGAGAGCGGCACUGUGCUCGUUUGCGUAGGCGUCUUGGUGGCGUCUCUCUACCUUUCUCUGUCAUUCCAUAGCUGCCGGGAAGAACAGGGUGCUUGUCAGCCUUCUGUCUUCUUGACUCCGCUCUCACGGGUUCAGGAUAGUCGUCUGCGCAACGUGCACUACAUCCUGUCCCUGGCGUCACUUUCCACCUGGGCUUUCUUGCUACAUCGUUGGUUGCGGCACUACGGAAACCUGAACUGUUCGGGCAUGGUCGUGUUUACUGCGCGCUGCUUGCUUCCUCUUUCCUCCAUCUGCAUGGCACUGCACUGGGCAGUCAGCGCAACUCCAGAAGACACCUUCAGGAACCUGGCAGAGCUGAUUAGCUUAGCGCAGGUAAUUCUGCCACGUAUUAUCUUCGGUCUAUUAGGCCUCGGUAUGCUGCUUCUGUGGCACGACCCAAUAAUGGUGUUCCUAAAGAUGCGAGCGCCAUUAAACUCUCGGGGUGCCGUCAUGCCUCCACCGAGGUACCGCGCUAGCACUGGUAUCAGCCCUCAGGCCGAGCUGCACCAUCUUAUACCGCAGUUAUAUCAGCGCAUCCGACAAUCGCUUGACGAUGAAGGGGUCAAGGGGUCUAGUCCGGACGGGCGGCCAGCGGUCGAGGCUUAUGGACUCGGCACCGUCUACUCCGCACCCCUGGUCUUGCUGUGUGGUCUGAUGGGCCUUGGAUUGCUGCUGCUACACCCUGAAGGCAUGGCACUUGCCUUCCUGCUGCUACUGCUGCAGGCUGCAGCUCUCCUCCAUCUCCAUGCCUCCGCCAGCAAUCUCUCCAGCCUGCAGAGUCACUCCACGGGUGUCUUCAGUGUCCCCUGGACUCUGGUGGUCCUGUGGUCUCUGGCCGCCUCGCAGUUCUUCCACGCCACGGGCCACCUGCCCACCUUCCCGUCCAUCCAGUGGGGCGCUGCGUUCGUGGGUUUCCCUCAGGGACACUCGGGCACUUUUUUGCCCGCCUUACUCGUCACCCUCAACACCUUCUCCUCGCACAUCCUGUUUGCCGUCGGAUGCCCGUUGCUGCUCUUGUGGCCGCUGGUGUGCGAACUGCGUGGGUCUCGAACCGGCCGCUCUGGUGGAGGUGAAGACCGGGACGAGGUUGUCAUGGAGAUGAGGCUGAGAGAAAACCCACAACAGUUCAGUUCAGCGUUACUGCAGCUCGCAACACGUUAUCUGUUUAUUAACGGAGCACAGGUUUUGGCGUCAGUCUGUGCUGCUGCUAUUCUCAGGAGACACCUCAUGGUGUGGAAAGUAUUUGCACCCAAGCUGAUGUUCGAGGCCAGCGGGUUCAUCCUGGGCAGUGUGUUUGUACUUGUCGGGGUCGCUUUGGUCAUCAGGGUCGAUGUGGCGGUGGCUUGCUUGUUUCAGAGACUCCUUCCAGAGAAUUCCAGGUAGCCCCGCCUCCUCGUUCCCCCGAAAGUAUCCUCCAUCGGUCCAUCGCUGACGACACAAGCUGCAUACGAUUGCCAGGAUGAUCGAUGGAAAGAGCAAAGGAUGAAGGAAAGAAAAAGGUUCUUAAUAUCACCUCUAUCGUUAAAAAUGGACUCCUGGUGGUACUGUAUUUUCCUCCAACGUGUUUAAUCUGAGCCGUCUCAGACAACGCUGCCUCGCUAGAGGAGGGAAGAGCGAGUGUAAUAGAGACUGCUGUACAUUUGUGGGGUUUUGUAUUAGACACUAACAUACGGUUACAUUUUGACGCAGGAUUUCAGGAUUAGCUGGUCUAUAAUCACUCCGGGUAACUUUUUCCAACUUUACCCAGAAUGCCGUUUCUACCUGCUUCUAUGGUGCUCAGUGGGAUUUAGCCCUCUCUCCAUCACUGGCUAAAGGGAGCGAUGCGGCGGCACUUUAAUCCUUCGCUCGGUUCAACAGAUCUUCAGCUUUUUUGCUCUUGAUGCCUCAGCACCAUCACGCUCGUCAUCUUCUAGACCGUCAACUAGCCUGAAUCUCUUGUUAAUAACGUAGUAUUAUUAUUAUUAUUCAAAUGUUACCCGAUUUUGAUUCGGGUUCUUUAAGUACAACAUUUGUACCGUCUUGAAUAUUUCAAAUUUUCUGGUAUUUCUCAAUAAUGUGACAUAAAAUUUUGCUGGAAAAUAAUCGUAAACACCGUACUCAUGAACAUAUUUAAUGAUAGAAGCCUGUAGGAUGCUCGUGAAGUGAAUCAAAAUACCCGAAUAAUUUUUCAGUCCGUUUGGUUAGUGUUAAUGUUUCUGAGCUAAUCAUGUCGCAACGACCACCCAAUACGAGUGUUUUACCUUCAAUACAAUACUUUUAUAUAAUAACUGCGUAGUAUUAUUUUUAUUUCUUUUUUCUUAAAAUCAACAAAACUGCCAUGUCUGCUGUGAGCACAGGUCAGAGGUCACUAGCUUUAGCACUGCAGUGAUGUCGUUGCGAUAUGAGAUUCCAUUUGUAAUGAUGUUUAUUUGUGGUGGUCUUUAUUGACAUUUAUAUUCAUGUGUUCGUUUUAAUUAAAUUUCUAGUUUUUGCAUUUGGUAUGAUGAGAUAUGAAUGUUCGAGGGAAACGGGAUGGGCUGGUUAUAGUAAUAAUAUAAUAGUGUGUUUUGGUGUGCGUGUGUGUGUGUGUAUGGUUUACCCACUGUAUUUUGUCUUAAUGAAAAAGGUUGAUUUUUUUUUUUUUUUAUGCCAUGAAUGAAACGUACGUGAAAUCGACUUAAAUUGUCCUUAAUUGUAUUAAAUUGAAUGUAAAUGA